CAUUGCUUCUCCUCCCUCGAAACAAAAACUCCAAUGUUCUUCAUAACUAGCUUCAGAAAGGCAAAGAUGAUAUUUCUACUAGAAAUCAACUAUAGGUUGAGCCACAUUGCCACCAUCGUUCUCAACGGUGGAGCAGAUGAUCACAUGCCAUACUUUUUUCAGCUGAAAUGCCAAAACUGUGAUGAAUUGUCAAAAAGACCGUGUAUCUAUAUGAAUGACAGUGAGUACAACGGGCGUGACACAGUCAACCAUGUCAUAAAAUACGAAGGGUGCAAGAAAUAUGGGACUGUGACAUUGAUUCCCGGAUAUGGGAGGCCGUUCACAGCAGAGUAUUCAGCGAGCGGAGCUUGUGCUCCACUGAUGCUCUUCGAAUGCGAUGAGAUGACUCCUGAAGGAUACGAGUUCAACGGCAGCUGGAAGCUAGCUACUGUUAGUUCCUCCUCCAAUUUCAUAACUUCCUAUUCCACUAACUAAUGUCCUUUUUUUAAGGAAAAAUACAUAGUUUACUCAUUAACCUUGCACCCAAAUCUAUGUUACACACCUCUUGACCACGGGCAACCUUUUACACACCCAACCUUUUAAAAGUGUGUCAAAUACACAUUACUUUUUUCUUGACCAAUUUUUCAAAACAUGAGUAAUUUCAUGCUCCAAUCAGAUAGUGACACGUGUUACUAUUUUUUAUUUAAAAAAUAAAACACUUAAACUUACAACUAUACCCCUUAACCAUUUUCUCCCUUUGAUCUCUUUUUGUUCUCUGACUAAUUAUCCGUUGCCGUCGACAGCGCGAAGAAUCAGAAAUCUUGAGAUAAUAUCAAGCUAUAUUAUAACUUAAGACCAAAAGCCCACUUCAGAAUUUGCUUUAAUUCUGUGUCGAGAUUUGAGUUCGCCGGAAGAUGAUUUAGGGAAGGAAAAUAAAAGGCAAAUUAAGAAGUGGGUUCACCAACACUAUUAAAUUUUCCUUCACACAAAGGUAAUUUGAAGAUUGAAGUGCCAAAACUAGAAGGUGAUUUCCUAGUCUUGAUUUUUUGAAGAACAGUUCGGCGGAAGGUCAUUUAAAGAAAUCCGCCUAAAACAACAGAAAGUACCAUAGAAACAGACUCCAAAGUAAAACUAAUUAACCGAACCGUGAAAAUUACCAUAGAACGAGACCCCAAAAUUACUUCACCUGAAAACCCCAAAACUCCAUAGCUACCGUCCCUUUUAAUCGACCGCCGUGAAAAAUAAAAAAUAUAACAGAAAAUACCAUAAAACCUUAAAUGAGUACGAUAAGGCACAAAGGUCAGAUCAUGCUUUGGAGAAGAAAUGAGAGAGAAAGAGAACUUGCACUUGAUUAACAGUCGGACAAAAAUGAAGAUGAAAAGAAGAAGAAGAAAUUUUUCUAGAAAAAUAAGAAAUGAAUAGAAUUAUGGGACCCACUAGUGCCAUGUGUUAAAAAUUGUGAUACAUGGCAUUUAAUUAAAGAUCUGGACUGAAAUUUAGAGGUUUUACGCGCUUACUUUGUUUGUUAGACACGCCUAUGCUAUCGGUCAAAAAGUAGUGUGUAUUAGAUAUAUUUUUAAAAGGUUGGGUGUGUAAAAGAUUGCCCGUGGUCGAAAGGUGUGUAACAGGGAUUUGGGUGUAAGAUUAAUGGGUAAACUAUGUAUUUUGCCUUUUUUUAACCGUCAAUGAUGUUUUCAUGUAGGACGUGAACAACAAAGUUCAAGGGAAAGCUUGAUAUGUAUGGCAAUAAGCCUAAGGUGGAUUACACAAAGGGAAAGUUUAUGAUUCACCAAGCAAGAACAUGUUUUAAUCCCCUGUGUCUAGGAAAAAUAACUUGCACCGUGUACAGAUGUUGAAUGGUUUGUUUAAUUUGCUCGUUUAAUGCAGUGUUGUAGGUUUUUUGGUUGCAACUAUUUUGUGGUUUGAAAAAGUUGACCACGUACAUCAAUUGUGAUUACAUCGGAAGCAGAGAUGGAUCUAGGAUUUAAGUUUUGUGAAUUUAAUCUUUAAGGUUUUUAGC